GCCCCUCCAGGCUGUGAGGUGGCCGCGCACGGCUCUGCCUCGGCGCCAUCGUCGCCAUCGUCGGUUGGGCCCUGUCUGUGGCAUCGUUGGAGUCUGAAUCUUGAACUUCCUGAGAAGAGCUCCUGGGCUUCAGCGUUCUUACCAGUCCAUCCACUGGCAGGGAUGCCAGUGUCGUUUCUCUUUGUGACUGGGGCAUAAUAAGACUUACUGGAAGCCACUGCACAGUAUUUUGUCCAUGAAGUUCUUAUGGGACUGCUGUUCACAAAGGCAACUGGGUUGUUGAGAAGGUAACUGAAGUCUGGCUGUAAUUGGGAUGAGCACAUAAUCUGAGAUGAGUGAAUUAAAAGCUCUUGAUCAAAUAUUAUAUACAGAUAUUGGGAAAUAAAAGGUCUCUUUGCAAGGAAAUAGACCAGUGGCUGCAAUCAACUGCAGUCCUGUCACACCUUUAUGAUGUUUCCCUUGACCAGAAAUGCACUAAGAACCUUCAAGAUUCGAAGCAUUCAACAAAUUCGGUUGCGACAAAGCCAUGAAAAACACUCACCAGAUUUUCAUGACAAAUACGGUCAUGUUGUAUUGGCUAGUGGAAUCGCAUUCUGUGUUGUUGCAUGGGUGUUUACAGCCACACAGAUUGGAAUAAAAUGGAACCUGUCUCCUGUUGGCAGAGUCACCCCAAAAGAGUGGAAUGAUAAAUAACCAUUCAAGUUGCUGUAAUACAAAAUUGUUUCCAAAAUAACUUGCAUUUAAGCACUCUGCUUCUCAUUAAAAUAGAGCAUAAUUGAAUAAAUAAAAUACAUUUGAAACCUUUAAAAA